AUGGACGCCGCCGCCCCCGUCGCGCCCCUCCCCGCGCCGCACCUCGCGGACGCGCUCGCUCGGCGCCCGCGCGCGGCCGCGAAGCUCGUCGCCGCGGCGACGAUCGGCCCCGUCCGCCUCGCGGACACGUACUACGUCCGACGCCCCAUCGCGCGGCUCGCGCGCGCCGUCUCCGCGGUAAAUCUCCUCGACGCGACCGACGACGUCUUCUCGGCGAACGCGAGACUCAUCGCGCGCGAGGUCUGGGCGCGCUUCGACGACGCGCGGCGCUCGCUCGGCGCCAUCGACCGCGCGUACGACACGUCCCUCGCGUUCGCGACGACGUUUCGAACCAAGGCGCAGCGGGUGCGCGCGGAAGGGAUCGCGCACGCGCUCGCCGCGGACGCGCUCGUGACGCUGGUGACCCCGGGGCUGACGUUCGCGCCGGACGCGGUGCCGGACGCGCUGCGGCGCUUCGACGACGCCUCGCUUGAUGAAGCGGUUUUCGCGGAAGAAGAAUCAGAAGAUUCCGCGUCGGCGGCGGAUGCCGAGCUGCUCUCGGAGCUCUCGCGCCGCGCCGUCCCGACGGGGCCGGGGAACAACGUCGUCCCGCGCGGCGCGUACGAAAAGUCCCUCGCGUUCGCGACGUCGUUCCGCACGAGGGACGAGCGCGUGCGCGCGGAGGCGAGGGCGGCCGCGAAGGCCGAAACCGCGGCGAAGGACGUCGAGCGAAUGAAAUCGGAGCUCGCCGCGCUCAAAGCCCCCGGCGACGCCGUCGUCCCGCGCGGCGCGUACGAAGCCUCGCUCGCGUUCGCGACGACGUUCCGCACGAGGGAACAGAGGCUGCGCGCGGAGGGAGCGGCGGCGGCGGAGCACGAGGCGGAGAUCGCGCGUCGCCGCCGCGUCGCCGCGGUGAAAAUUCCGCGAGGCGCGUACGCGCGCGCUCUCAAGUUUACGACGGGCUACCGCACGGCGGCGCAGAGGAUCGCCGCGCACGCGUCUCGAGAGGGCGCGGAGGACGCCGCGCCAGGGGCGUACGAGAAGUCGCUCGCGUUCGCGACGGGGUUCCGAACGAAGAAGGAGAGGCUGAGGGCCGAGGCGAGGGCGCACGCGGUCGCCGCGGACGCGAUCGUGAGGCUGAACGCCGCCGCCGCCACCGUGUUUGAACACCACGACCUCGAGGAGGAGGCGCAGGUCGAGGAAGAAAACGAAAGACCCCGCGCGAGGAACAACAUCGUCUCGAGUCCCGCGAAGAGGCGAGCGCCGAGGACGCCGGAAGAGGCGGAGAAGAUCGCGAAGAUGGCGGACGAGAACGGCAUCUCGUACGACGAGAUGGAGCAUCUCGAGUACGAGUGGAGCAAGAAGGCGGUGUGGUGGGACGUCGCCCCGGAAGAGCGUUGGUCCGCGGGGAUCAAAGCGCACGCGUGGUGAGUUGGUUCGGAAUCGAUCUCGAUCUCGAUCGUGAUCGGCGGGCGAGCGACGCGCGACACGAGCAUCGAAGUGAGUACUGUACAUAUAUGCUUAUACCUGUUGUAAUGUAAUGAAAACGUCUCUUUUGU